AUGGUGGCUGUGAGUAAACGCGGCGUGCUGAAUAACGAUUGGACAGGACAGUGCGAUAACGUGGAGAGCUUAGCGAACGGAGAUAUUGUGGUGCAUCAAAGUUUAUGGCCACUUUUUGCAUAGUAUCUUUUUUCAGUUGAUUCAUCUCCUCCUGCAUUACAUAAGUAUCUUUUUUUCAGUUGAUUCAUCUCCUCCUGCAUUACAUAUCUUUUUUUCACUUGAUUCAUCUCCUCCCUGCAUCAAAGUUUAUGGCCACUUUUUACGUACCUUUUUUGUUUUUCAGUGGACUUCUAACAAGUGACAUAGAAUUAUCAGGGGAGGAAGUAGAGGAAGAAUCCGAAGCAGCCAAAAAGAAGAAAGGGAUGCAGAAUUUUAGGUACUAUUUAUUAGUGCCCUACUUCUUAAGAUCAUACUUUAUAGAUACCUCAACGGACCGCGGUGAGUCAAUUCAUAGUCGUGAAGACUAAUCCUAAUCUCCGAGGCGAGCCAAAUCCUAUGUAGUAUGCUAAAACCAUAACAUAGACAUCUGACAUAGAUUUACGUGAUACAUUCAUCGCAAAGAAGAAGAUGUAGAUUUCAACAAAAACUUCGCCUGCUUCACGAGCAAGAAUCCGAUGAAGCAUUCUUCUCUUCAUUACCAUUCUUUCAGGAUGAAGCUUCAGCAAUCCGAAGCAAAGCGAGCGGAGGAAGAGAGAGCAAAGGCUCUUUCGUCAGCGCCAAGAUUUUUGUUAAGGCUUUCACCAUCAUUUUGCGAAAAAUAAGUAGUCUUCAUCUAAGAUUCACUGUUAUGCGAGGAGCCUCUCUCGGUGUACCUGUACAUGAUGAAAAGAUAACAAGAAGUUGAAGUUGUAGUCUAAUUUUGUUAUAGAUACAAAACGGAGCGGCCUCAGCCUCGCUAUCUAGUACUAGAAGAUGUCCUAUUCCUACUUGAAUCUUUCUCUCUUUAGAUAUAUUAAGUUGAGAAAGUUAUAGGUCCUAUUAGGAGGUUAUUUUUCUCCACCGCUAUCGUCUAGAAAAAACAACAUUAUCUCCUUCUUCUAAUUCCUUCUUUCGCGGAGUGGAGAAGACAGAAGAUGUCUUACUUUAGAAAUGCGGUGAAUGCCAUGGGAGGAGGCGGAGGCAUGGAAGACCAACUGGACAAGAUGAAGAAAGGCGAAUUACAACUAAACUUUGACGAUAUCAAGCAGAUGAUGAGCAGGAUAGUUAUGGUACUACCGUAGUGAAAGAUAAAAGAUUUUGAUGCCUCCAUUUAAUGGGUGAAGAAAGAUAGUAAAAGAUUUUGAUGUAAGUAGUUUGAAGGCGUUAUCGUCCCGGACCUGGACCUUGUUGUUUCCCCUCCUCUAAUACCUGCGGUAAAAAGGACAGAUUCGUGAUGAAGUUCGUGAUGCAAGAGGCGGAGCAAGCGCAGAUGGAAUUCCAGCAAGGGAACUUUGUCCAGCGACCAGCCUUCCAAGCAAUGGCAGCCUUCUUGGUGUCGGCACAGAUUUUUUUGUUAUGGUCUUCACUUGACGCUGGCACCUUUUUUUGAACCCACAACGACAGUGCUCACUUGACGCAGGCACCUCUUUUUGAAUUCUUCAGAAACCACGACGACAGUGCUCAACGACAGCGAUCACUUCUCCUGAUGUACGCAAUAAAACCAGCAAGAGCUCCUGCGAUUCUACAUCUGUACAACAUACUUAGUCACUUCUUCAUCUUCAUCUUGUUAUCCACAAGAAAGAUGCAUGAAAAGCUCAGUUUUUCGUUCCCACCAAACUUGAUGUUUAGAUAACAAGUAAGUAGUCCUUAAGUUCUCUUCUAAUGUGAGUUGGAUACGCUACAGAAUUCAUCAGCUACAGCGAUCCGAUUGACAACCGACUGCUGUGGGCGAUACUGGAUAUCGCUCUAGUCCUCCCCUUCUUCCUCUUCGAAUUUUCACAAAGAUUCAAGGUUUUGGGGUACUGUGAUUUUCAUCUUAUCUGUAGUGAUUUCUUCGUUGAAGGUUCCUCACUGGAGGUUCUUUCUCCCCAGCACCAGUGAUUCCGAAAGGUUGCACGUUCGUUAACAAGCAUCAAACAGAAACUACAACUCUUUCUCACCCUCAACACACCCUCAACGCACCCUCAAUACACCCUCAACACACCCUCAACACACCCUCAAUACACCCUCUAGACUAGAAGUGGCUGGUUUUUCACCCUCAACACAAUCCUCUCUCAACCCUAAACCCUUUAGACUACCUCUCAAUCUCAUCAUCAAAAACCAGGUUCGCCUACUUCGACAUUUAUACUCACGACUUCUUCUUCCUCAUGGUGGGCGUCUUCGAGGCUUCCUACCCUUUGUGGGUUGGCGGCGAAAUUCUGAAGGCCACGAAAAUCCUGCAACUCUUAAGGCUACCUCUCAAUCUCAUCCUCAGCUCCUGUCUUUGCCUCUGCUAAGUAAUUAAGCUCUUCAAUACCCCACGAAUGGGUACACUACUACUACUACUACUCCUACUACUACUACUACUCAACAGGGGAAAAAAUCAACGGGGGGCUCAGGAAUGCACCCACGGAUGCGACGCGGUAGCUCUAAAACUCGGCCGCAUAGUCAACCUGUCCAGAUUGAAGGAUGUCAUCUACCAGUUUCCAAGGAUUCGGAAAAUAGUGACAGAAGGAAUGGCCGCUUUCGAUUUUGCCACCGUGUUUAAGUUAUGAAUGAUGUUGGAUAGGGUGACUGACUGUGAAGAUGAUGAGUAUGUUGAGCAUCGACCAUGAGGAUAUGGAUAGUACGAUCUUCACACAUGAUCUGUGAUGUGGUAGGUGCUGCUAGACGGUACUAGUAUCGUGUAGUAAUAUCAUUCCAGUCGUCCACCACCACCAAUCCCUUAUGCAGCGUCACCAUCUUCUAAUUUUAGCAGCCAUGUGGUGUCUGUUGCUGAUCACUCUGAUGACCUACAUGUGGACGUUGUUGGUUACCAGUACUUUGGGCCAGGAGGUCGAAGAGACACUCAAAUAUAGGAAAACGAGUGGAACUGGUAUAUUUAUUAGAGUGCAGUUUUGUCUAUAGCUAUAGACGAGUGCAGUUUUUUUUUUGCCUUGUUUCACGAAUACUUUUAUUUCCAAUAUCAUGAUCAUUUUGUCAGAAUCAGAAAGAUGGACCGAUGAAUUACGUGCUCUCUACAAGAUCUGUCUGCGAAAACUCUUCACCCUCCAAUCUCUCUCCCAGUAGAUCUCCGCUGUCAUUUUGAAAAAUACCUUAACUUAGACUUCCACCCUUUUUCGGCCAGAUCUCCGGUCCUAUUUCGGUCAUGUCGUAUAUUAUAAACUUCCACCCUUUUUCGGCCAGAUCUCCGUUCCUAUUUCGGUCAUGUCGUCUGGGGCUUCAAUUCCUUUCUGGGCCUCAUGAGUAUGGAGCAUAAUAUCAUCGACCGGAUGGCCCGUGGAACGGCAGAGGCGCAUGGGAUGGGAAUCAUGAUCAUUUUCCUCUUUUUCAUCGCCUUUGCUCGAUUUGGCAUGCUGAACGUGCUCAUUGCUCAGAUCUGUGCACGUGCGAUUAUCACUAGUGCGGAGCAGAGGGAGUUUUCAGAUGAAAUCUCGGACAAAGAUUAAGGCUACAACCGCUGGGGCGCUCCUUUUUCAGCGUCAUCCGUGGCUCUUCUUCUACGUGAAAAAGAAGCGCCCCCUAAGGAUCGUGCGCUCAAGGAAGAUGCGCUCAAGGAAGAGCUCUAAACAGAACAUCAAAUCGCUCUGGCGAAACUAGGUGCGAUUUUUAGGAGUUUGGACGCGGAUGAAAGCGGAACGAUUAGUCGGCAAGAGUUGAUGGAGGUCUGCGAAUUGGAGCAAGUGAAGAUCCAAUUGAGAAUAGCUCAGAUUGAGCAUGACGAUGUUACGGAAUCCUCGAGGAGCAUAGUUCAUCAAUCUGAUAAUAAUUCGUCUGUGACUCCUGCAUCCCUGAAAGUCGUGAAAUGUAAGAGUAAAUGAGAGUAUUUCUGCCUGUCGGUAGAUACCGAUAAUUUUUCAAGGAUGCACCAGUUGAAUAGACAUGAAGAUGAACUUCAUGUCGCAACCUAGCUCUAAUGAUGUAAUCGAAUUGUUCGAAUUGUUGGGUACAAUCGGGGAAGACGGGGAAGAGACGGAGCUUGGCACCGAAGAAUUCAUUGGCGCAUGCAUGAGACUGAAGUUAUGGCCACAUGUAAACUUUUGGAUAGCCCAAUAGCGUUUGUUCAUUCAUUCUAGCAACUCGUUCUCGAUGAAGAAGGAAGUAGUAUGUCGCUUCUAACAUCCGGUGAUGGCAAAAGCAAGGAUUGUUUUAUCGUGCAACUAUCGGUGGUGCAGCUGACAGAAAAGAUAGACUACCUCAGCAGAACGACUGGGAGAUCUUUGAGGUACAUCUCAUUAGAGUGGUAACUGAUUUAUUUUACAUGGAUGUUGUGCAUCUUGUAGGUGAUAAAGGUAAAAAUUCGUUGGAUUUGGAACGAGGUAGGCACUUUAUUAAUUGGAUUUUCAUGUCACAGGUAAUUUUUUAAUUGGAUAGUAGAGAUGUGACUCGUGGUAAUCCAUUGGAUUUUUUGGUAGAGGCAGGCACUUUAUUAAAAUUCCUGAAGGAGCUUUACUUCCUUGAAGAUGUAGUACUAGAAGACGCUACAGCAUCUUCUUCUUCAGCUAUACUUCCUUGAAGAUGUAGUCGUACUAAAUCUGUACUAGAAGACGCUACCACGACAUGGUUGGUUGGUUGGUUGCUACCACAUCUUCUACUUGAGAUGAUAAUUGAUCAUGUUGAUCAGGUGUCUUGACUAAUUAAUCAUGUUGAUCAGGUGUCUCGACGCAUCACGCGUUUUAGUGGACAAAAUGGACCAGAUCUUGAAGCGACUGCAGAGGAUGGUCCCCCACAGACCUGGCGUCGACAGAAACGUGAACACGGAAGAAAAGCUCUACGUUAUUCCAGAAUACUCAACGAGAGGAGGCGUCCCCUACGGCUUCCGCAAACUGGCAUCAGGACAGACACGAGGAUAUGAUCGAGGGGUAUAACUUAAUUCAAUUCGUAAUUCGAGUUUAAGUAUUGGAAGAUAACUCAAUUAUUGGAUAUAAACUCCGGCAGCAGAUAGUUCUGAGUUCUAGGCUCAGACUGUUUUUUCACUUGCUGUAAAAAGAAUGUCAACCCUUUGGUCCUCCUCGGUCUAUCUCUUGUUGGACGACUCUUUUUCGUUUGCUGCUCCGCAGAUUCGUCUUCGUGUAAGAUGCAGGGGCCUCCUGCUGUUCCACUUCCGUCGUCGAACUCCCCAGAAGUCCUUGCUCUUAGCCAACUUAACGACCUGCAAUCUAGUCCUCUCAUCAUCAUUAUUGGAGGACUCUUUUUCGUUGGCUGUAAAAAGAAUAUUUCUAUGUAUUCUAGAUACCAUAGAUGAACCUCCAAUAAUGAGGUGGAUCUGUUACUACUUCGGUCUUCCUCGAUCCACCUCAUUGUUGAAGGUUCAUCUUAGUACUGGUUGCAGUUUUAUGCAGUGAUAUCGCUGUGUAACUAGUAGUUAUCCCAUGAAAGAUCCAUAACCGUCGUGUCCAUCAGUCAGAUCAUAGAGAUGAACAUAGUUGUUAGACAUCAAACUUCAACUUGUUCACUUUACCCCAUUCGCACAAUCAGUUCGUUCCACGCCGUGACGAAUUCCAGAGGCUUGGCGGUGUCCACAACCAGAGUCAUAUCAAGAAGCACGUGGAUAAAGCAAAAGCAGUUUUAUCGAAACAGAUGAAGUUACGGCAUAUAAUUUUUGAUAACUUGUUUCCCAAAGGCCUUUUAUCUCGUCCAGAGCAGGUUUCUUGAAUCAAACAGGAAUCGCAUGGUUGGAAUGUAUUUCGUUCUAGAAAUCGGACAGGAUCAUCUACAUGCAUCUUCAUGAACUUCCACUUAGAAGGUGCUAGUACGAUUAUUUGAAAGAAUCAUUAUCGUUAUCUAUCAUUAUGAUUGCAUGUUAACUAGGAACUGCUUUUCUAAUAAAGGCGAUCGGAAUUCAAAGAUCAGAACACGCGGAAGAGAUAGCGUCUGCAUUACAAAGUCUCACUGGCAGCAACGCACCCGCAUCAUACUUGGCUGAACAACAGAGGAAGCUAUCGACACCGCCGAAGGGUAUACUUACGCAUUAUGAUGAUUUCCUUGAUGGAGUUGGAGGCUUUCUAGAUCAUUUUGCAUUUGAAAUUGAGCACCUUUUUAUAUCGAAGGCACUCUUUUCUCCACAAUACACAGAUCCCAACAUCCCGGACAAGCCUGCUACUCCUGCUUUGUCGACAAAACUAGUGCCGCCACCAGGGGCGCCGCCAGCUGCUCCGGGAACUGUCCAACGAUACCAAGACUUUCCCGAGAAGAUGGAUAUGGAUAUCAUGCGUGCGCAAACGCCAGGGUCGCAACGGGGGAAAUAGAACGAUUUUCAAGUACUCGUAAAUGAACGACAACGACCUGGGAAAUUUUAGGAUGAUUACUAGUGUUCGAUGAAGCGAGGCCGUCAAGGCUAUCAUGAUCAUCACCAAUGCAUGUGUUGUCAUAGCUAACCUCUGUAAAGAAAAGUGUUUAUGAUAGACAUUCUGAUUUUCUUGUGUCAUAGCCAUCUCAUUAAAAUCUCGAUAUUGUCUUUCUAACAACUGCUUGAAAUGUCAUACCUUGUCCUGUCCACGUGCAUGAGCAGAGCUAUAUCUGUGGUUCCUUUGUGGAGCGCGAACGCUAUGCGUUAAAAAUGAACAAAACUAAACACUGCAAGAACUUCAAAGAAACUCAAAUGAACCAAGAACACAAUGAUAAACUCCAAAAUUCGUGACUCCAGAACUUUUCUUUCAAGAAUUAUAGACGACUUGCUUAUAGUACUAUGAAGCUAGUACUAUGAUCCUAGAGCAAGGAGUAGACACCAAGAUGAAGUUGUAAAUCAAUGCUUAGUAUACAAUUCUUGAACUCGUUUUUCUUUUCACAUGAUCCAUGGCCUCGAACCACUCAGAACUAUUGAAAUGAACAAUCAGAAUCUUGCCUGGAAAAAAACAUAUAUGUAAGAUCUUGCGUAGAAAUAGCUUAUACGGUACAACGCAACAUGGGUUAAUGCAUUCUUGCAAUGGAAGAUACAUGAUGAGCCUCAAUGCUUGGAGAAGCUGCAUAUGCUGGUGACCCCUCCCUGUCAAGAUCCAUGAAAUUAAGACUGCUCUCCCCGCGACGUACAGCCCUGCUGCGCAAGGCUCACUUUGCAACUACGAGCUGCAAUCAUUUUCAUCCCAGUAUAGUGAAACGUAUUUAAGGUAUCAAAGAUUUCUGCAUCUUAAUAUUCCAAGAAGCAACAAUAUCCUAUUCCUAAGAAAAUUAUGAGUCCUGAACAACUCUAUUAUAUCACCAAAAAAUCUCAAGUAGACAGACAAUAGUGAUGAUCUUGUGCCGCUGAUAG